AUCUGCCGGGGAAGUAAAAAGGCAUUUCUCCGCCUACCGAAUGGGUCGUAACUCGUAAGGCUUCGGUAGGAGUCGUUUUGGUGGCAGUAAUGACAACUUCCCGACGCUAGAGGGCGUUUGUUUUCAUAAAAUGGAUCAAAACUCAUCCCUUUAUGUGGAGACAACGUUUCGACUCGACUUCAUAAAUACUCAUAGACUUUUAGAAUAAGUCGUUUGGGACUAUUGGAUGAUGGACCGUGUUCUGUCGGUUUGCUACGAAAGAGGAUUAGGGCCACUGAAAAAAAAUGUCAGAAUUUUUUUUCAGUGGCUCAGAAAAGGUUAAAAAAAAUUGUGGCACAGGAAAAAAACAAAUCAUAAUUCGGACUGAUGGGCGCCAGCAGCAACCAUACAGACGCGAGUUGUGGCGGACAGCCAAUGUUCUGGAGAAAAUGUCUGAUUUAAGCGACUUUUUACGUGCCGGAAGAGUACCAGAAGCGUCCAUUGCACUAAUGGAAGAACAAAAGAUUGACUGUGAUGCCGCAUCAACGCUGAAAAAUUACGGCGAUGGAUUUGUUUUAUUUCGGAGCUUUACUCGCUUUAAGCGAAUGGACCAGCAGCGCAUUUACGCACACCUCUGGACACAGACACCACAGUGUCCUGCAGUCCAUCAAUGUCUCAUUGUCUCAGUCGGUCUUUGGUACAAGAUGAUCUGUUUUCUUCUCGGUCUGCUUUGCUCCAUCUGGGGAGAACCUGCUCAGUGUCUGGAGGAGAACAGAGGUUUUAACUUUGAAGGUGACCUCCGUCAGCUCGCUGUGGGCAACAGCUCUGUCUACAUCGCUACAGAGGAGAAACUUUACCAGCUGAGCCAUGACCUGACUCUGAUCUACAGCCUGACCCAGAGAGGGACCUUAAAGAGUGGGGACCAACUGGAUGAAGAGGAGUUUUACAGAAACCCAAUGAAGACUGCCUGGAAUGCAACUUUCAAAGUGAAUGUUUUUUUACCAUUUGAGAAAAAUGACACAUUGAUCAGCUGUGGUGUGACUGGAAACAAACUCUGUGGUUUCUGUGAGAUUCUGGACCUGAAGAACAUCUCCAAGCUGGUUUACAGUGAAUCCAUCCAGGUGGGACCUCAGAGAAGCAGCAGUGGUUCUGUCAGCUUUCUGGUGGAUGUGAAGGAGGAUUCAGGUCAGACUGAGACUUACAUCCUGACAGCGAUAAAGAAUCCUAGACUCAAGACAGAGUGUAGCGCUGAUUUAAAGACAAUCAACCUUCAAAACACCAAUCAAAACCAGCUUGGGGAAAUAUUUUCCUGGUCUGGUCAAUCAGGUGAUAAACCUGGGAUCCAAACUGAAGCUGCAGUAGAGUUUGUGGACGGAUUCCAGAUAAACUCAACAGUGUAUCUGUUCUCCAACGUGGCAUCAGGAGGUAAAAGCAACAAAGUCCGUCUGAUCUGGCUUCAGGCUGAAACCAGUAAAACUCAGACUCUGGAGUCUCUUCAUGGAGCGACUCUCAGUUCCUCUGGAGGUGAAGACAGCAGACUGCUGGCGUCCUCGGUCGUCCCAGGUGGACAGCAGGUCCUGUGGAGUGGAGUGUUCAGUGUGGACGGAGGAGAAAGCAACACUGAGCUGCUGCUGUUUGACAUCAGUCCUGAUUUCAACAGGGAGAUGAAUAAAGAUCCAGACUUUUUUUACACAUCAAAAAGUACAAAGACCUCGUCGGUUCUCCUGAAACCAAAGGCUGUGCUUUUUAAGCAGAACCUCAUGAGUUCUGUUCUGACUGUCCGGCUGAACGGCUGGAUGGUUUUCUUCAUUGGAACAGCAGAUGGACAGAUCAUCAAGCUUUCUGUGGACAGGAAGUUUCAGCCCUCCUGUCCACACAUCCUCUACAGAACCAGUGGAGACAACAAAGUGUUUCCAAAAGUCCAACUGGAUCCAGUGGAUCAGAAACAUGUCUAUGUACCGUUUAAAAACCAGGUUAAACGUGUUCCAGUGUCAAACUGCACAACUUACCAAAAUGUGAAGGAUUGUCUUUCUGCCCAGGAUCCAUUCUGUGUCUGGUGUGUCUCUAAGAAAAGCUGCUCAUUUAAAGACGACUGCAUAGAUUCAGAGAGGCUGUCCAUCCCUGAUGAAUCCAAGCAGAAAAUAGUUUCUCACAGAUUUCAGAAGGAUUCCACAGGAGAGAUGAAAAUAAUCCUCCAAUCACAUCUGACUGUAGAGAAGAAGGUUCAGUCUAACUUCACCUGUGAUUUCUCUACAACCUUCACUCAGCUUUGUACAAAUCAAGAACCAAAACCACAGUACCCACAAUGCACCUGCAUUCUCAAUGACCCUCUCCCUGCUGAUGAUCCUGACGUUACCGUGACGAUCAGACUUGGAGACACAAAACUGACAGAACAAAUAAAGAUCAUUAAUUGUUCCAGUAUCCAGGGGCAACCAAGUUUUCACCUGUGUCAGCGGUGUAUCAGAGCAGGAUGUGGGUGGAGACAGAACAGCUGCUCCUGGGCCACUGAUGCAGUCAGCAACGACAUUUGCCCAAACCUUGAGCAGUUUGGGAGAAAUUUUUCUAUACCAGAGAUCUCCUCCGUCUCUCCCAGUGUUGUGUCUUUCUAUGGCAGAAAUCAGGCUGUGUUGUCGGGUCGUAACCUCAGAGAUGUGACCCGAGUCAGGAUUAAAGCAGACCUGGACUGUGACCCAAAGGAAUCUCCUGUGUUCAGCAACAACGGCUCCAGUCUGACCUUCCACAUCCCCAGCACAGAAGCUAAAGGCCCGGUCAAAAUAUGUGUUCUCCUUCCAGAUGGAAGUUGCCACGGCAACUUCAUCGUCACCUAUCAGUCAUCACCAAUCUGCACUGAUAUCACACCAAGCAGCAGCUGGAGAAGUGGGGGCAGGAAGGUCACUAUUACUGGGACUCACCUGGAUUUGGUGGAGGUCACACACAGCCACACCCAGCAGGAAGUCAUGUCUCCCAUGAGCAGCAGCUAUCAGACUCUCAUCUAUAAAACUCCAGCAGCCAAAGGCCCUCUAGUGUCCAUCAGCACAGCGUUUCUGAAAGUAGCCAAUGAAACGUUGGCAUGCUCGAAGAAAAUAACUUACUAUCCUGACCCAGAGUUUUCCAGCUUCACAGCGGUGAAGUACGGGGACGACGUCCGCAUCAUUAUUCAGGUAAGGUCGUUUCUGUCCACAUUUGUUCAGUCAGACAUGAUGAUGUUACAUUAUUGA